AUGAGGCAUGGUUGGAACAACACAACCAGCCCCGCCACUAAUAACCCUCAUUCAGCAAAUUUUGUUGCACAUGACAAAAAUAAAAAUAAUUGGAACUCCAAAAAUACAAACCGCAGAGGUGGUUCUGCUCCCAGUAAUGGUAGAGGUCACAGUAGUGGUCGCAACCAUGGUGAUUAUCCUAAUCAGUAUAAUGGCGGUAGAAAUAAUGGUGGUGGCUGUUGGAAAGGUAAUUUUUCCCAAAUCAUCUACUACGUCUGCAACAAACCAAGCCAUGAUGCUUUUACCUGUAGGAGGCAUUAUGACUUAUCGUAUCAAGGAGAACAACAGACUCCCCCAGACACUGUUGCGUAUCACACAAGUGUUGGGAAUGAAGUUGAUCCCAUGUGGUAUCUAGAUUCUGGCGUCACUCAUCAUCUCACUCCAGAUGUAGACAAUCUACAGAAUCGGUCCGAGUACAUGGGUUUGGAUCAGGUUGCAAUUGGUAAUGGAUCAGGCUUACAAAUUUUACAUUCCAGAUCUUCAUCAUUGACACAUAAUAAUCAUACAUUUGCUCUCAACUCUAUUUAUCAUGUUCCACACAUCACCAAGAAUCUGCUUUCUGUGAGCAAGUUUACUAAAGAUAAUGAUAUUUAUCUUGAGUUCCAUCGUGAUUUCUUUCUUGUGAAUGAUUAUACGGGGAGAGUUCUCAUCAGAGGAACCAAUAGAGAUGGACUAUAUCAAUUUCCUAGAGGGACUCAAGUCAACAAUAAAGCAAUUGCCUUCGUUGGAGAAUGCACUACCUUUUCAGGAUGGCAUCAAUGA